CUCACCGGCUGCGCAGGGCGGCGGCUCUGUGCUACUUGUCACAUAUCGUUUUACCAUUUAAGUCAGUAGUACUGGCUCUCUCUCUGGUUUAUCGUGCUUUCCGUAGUCGUGUUUCUGUGGAUCUCUAAUUUGCGUUCCCUCCCUGUGCACAGACCCUCCUGGACCCCUGCCUGUUUUACCUUGACUUUGUCGUGAGUUAGGAUAUUCGUAUGUGGACGUCGUGUAUCGUACAAAAGAGGACGUGUGAGUGACUGGCAAGUGAGAAGAGGAGUUUUGGACGUGUUCACUUUUCCCUGGAUUCCCGGGAGCACCCGUUGUUUAUAGCGCCUGGUGUCACUGUAAAUAAACUCUCUUUAACUGAAACCUUUCAGAGUUCUGCGCUUGAGUCCGCUCGUUCACGUUGACAGGAUCAGAAAUAACAAUUUAUCUUUCAGCUUCUAUUCUUGGUCAUGGAUGAUUUUGUGCGAAACAAACUGACUGAAUGGAAACUAAGUGACUGGAUUGAGGCAUUUGAAGCUCAAGAAAUUGAUAAGGACACUCUAUAUCAUCUCGAUGAUCAGGAAAUUAAUCAAUUGAUCACAAAAGCUGGACCUAGAGUGAAAUUCAACAAUAAACUAAAGCUGUUAAAGGAAGAGCAAAAUGCAACUCAACCACAAAAGGAAGCAGUUAAUACUUCUGUUCAAGAUUCGCCAUCCAAAAGUGAAAAGGAAAAAGAAAUCCAAAAAAGAAAGAGAAAGUCAGAUCAUCUUCAGGGUGAGUUCAGCCAAUGGCAACCAGCUCCUAAACAUCAAUACAACUGUGCAGCAGGAUCACAGUCAGAAACAGAAAUACUGUCUGAUGUCAAAGACAUAAUGAGACGUGUCAGUGAAGGACUACAUGGCCGUGACAAGCUCAGCGCUUUCCUAAAGGAUAAAAUCAAGGAUCUGGAGACAGAAAAAAGGCACCUGUUUGUUGCCAGUUGUUCAACUGUGUGGAUUGUGACUGAAAUGAAUCAAGCAGCAUCAGAAAAAGAAACCUGGGAGAUCCUGGAAAAUGCCAGAAGCCUGCUGAGACAUGGUGGCGAGUGUCAGCAAAUUCAUUUUAUCUGCACCAAGUCAGAUCAUGAAAAACCAGAUGAUCUAAAGAAAAUCAAGAGUGCAGUGAUGAAUGAAUUCAAAAGGCGGAAAUUAAUUAAGAAUCACUUCAGUGAGGAUUGUUUCAAAGUCUUCACAGUGAGCUCCACAGAGUUCCUCAAAGGGGAGAAUGUAAAUCCAGAUCACAAUGAAAUACCAAAACUUAAGGAAAUUUUGAAAAAUCUGAAUGAUGCUCAUUCAGAGACAUUAAACUAUGUGUCUGGAGCUUAUGGGAUUCUGUCUUUGAUUCAAGGAGCCAGAAGUGGAGAAGUGGUUGAACAAAAAAACGAUCUGUAUGAUCUCCUUGAGGGAAACUUGAGCAUCCAACUUAAUCAAGUCAAAAAAGCAAUUGGAAAAAUUAUAAAAGCUUUUGAACAACGCCUAAGUAAGGGAGUUGAAAAAUCCCAAAAUUUAUGUGAAAAAAAACUGAAGUCCUUCUUAUAUCCCAGUAAAAUGAGUGACAGAGCUUUUCACGGGACACUAAAGUCUGCAGUUAGGAAUGAUGGCGUCCAGAAACCAAAAAAAGGAAAACCAAAAAACCUCAACAUGACUUUAGCGUCUUACUUGACUGAAAGCAUUGAUGAAAAAUUCAGAAAGACCUUCCCAAACAACAUAAAAUGUGGACAUUUCAAUGGAGCCAUCGAUGCGUUUUCACUCAGCACUGAUUCAUUGAUUGAAAAGUACAAAGAUGUUGAACUGCAAUUGAUAUUUCUCCAGACAGAGGAAAAUAAAAUAAAGGCAAAGCUCAACAAAACCAUCCUCACACAAAAGAAACUGAUCUACAACAGUCUGACAGAGACAAUCAAGGAUAAUAUGAAAAAAUGCUAUAGAGAAGCAGCAGCAUUUGAAGGACGAGGCACCCUGAAGAAGAUGAGACACACUAUUGAAAGGCACGUGCACUCAAAGAAGUGCAUGUUUGAAGAGGCAAAAAAUGUCAUGUUGGAGCAGUUGAGCGAUUUGAAGGAAACCGUUCUGAGGACACUGGAGAAAACCAUGAAGGAAUCCAUUGACUUCUCACUCAAGACUGAGGCCUGCUCACUGCCAGAUGUUUCAGAUCAUCUUCAGGUGGUGAAGAAACAUUAUGAUGAACUUCAUGGCGGUCAAGAUGAAAAAAAGUAACCACACUGGCAGUUGAUCUGAUUUGCUUCACAGAAACAGCUGAGGCCUGAUGACCCACAGACAAUCUCUGAGGAAACACUGAUAGAGACAGGAGGUCCUUACAUAUUGUCACAAUAAUAUUUGUUUUGCUCUCUUUUAAUGAUAUGUUGAUGUGUACUUUUGACUUUUAAUGAAUUUUUUACACAGAGCAUUUUGAAUAUUAUAGAUAUUAAUUAAAACUGCUAAUUAAUUAAGAUAUUAGGUAAAACUGCUAAUAAUAAGGUAUUAAUCACAAGGGUCUAAAUCAUGCUUUGAUUUCUUUCUUUUUUUUUAAAAAAUUUGUAGUAGUUUUUAAUCACUUAUAGCAGAGCGUAAAGACAUGUAAUGCAUUUCCCGAUUUAAACCUGAGAUUUAUGGUUUUAAUUGUAAGAGUCUGAGAUUACAGUUUCCAAAAGCAUUUUGAUUUUGUUGCAUGUUUUAAAUAUCAUAAUUUAAUGUUUUAAGUUGAUGUGUAUACUGUUGGUUCAUUUGGAUGGGAGCAUUUAUUUUAAUGUAAUGCUUAUCAGUUAAACAUUAAGCCUUAUCCAGCACUGAAAUGAUAUUUAACACUUUUACUUCAUACUUCUAAAUACGAAUACUUGGUUUUUUUUGUAGUUAUAACAUGUGUGUACAUGACAAAUGAGAAAUAGGUGUAAGUAAAGCUGUAGAAAAUUAUCAGCUACUUCUGUCAUCUCCAUGCCAUUUUGCUUUUUCUGGGUUUGGAAUUAUCGAUGAAUAUAUUACAGUUUGGGUUUAGGUUGAGGGUUUUUUGUGUUAUUUUUUGUUAUUAUUUUAAGUGUAUUACAUUUUAUUUACUUCUGUGCACAUUGCUGAAUUCCUGCUUUGUUUUUUUUGUUUUCAUUAAGUCUCUCGUGUUUCCUCCCCCGACAAUGUGUUGUGGAUUUUAUUAUGGCAUAUAUACCUGUAUACACUAGACAUGUAAUCACAGUUACUCUCAUAAAUUGUGUUUAAUAACAUAUACUCAUAUAUACUAUGCAUACUCACAAUGAAGUGUUUAUAUAGUGGAGUCACUGUGUUAGGCAUUUACCUUGCAUGUUUAAAUCACAUGACCCAUAUAUUUAGGUUAAAUAUAUCUACCAUUGUAUUAAUGAAAGAUUUGUGCCACUUGUUGUAUGAACACAUGUUGAUUAAUACUGUUUGAAAAUGUAACAAUGAGGAUCAGGAAGACACCUUUGAUAGUGUUAUGGCCAACUGUGACUAGUCCAACAAACGGUUAAUUCAGCUUGAGACUGCUAAAGUAUGGGCAUAGGACACUUCUUGGUAUGCAGCUGCCUUUAACUGUGCAGCAUAAGCAUGCAGCUGCGUUUAACUGGACUGCUUCGGGGCGUGUGCAGCCCUUUAAAAACGACUGUACAACAGAAGCAUGCAGCUCUUUGGAGGGCUGUAAAGGAAAGGCCUGGGGCCUUUUCUGGGGCUGUAAGAUAAAAGCGUGCAGCUCCUUAAACGGCUGUACGGUAAAAGCAUGCAGCCCUCUAAGUGACUGUAAAACAAAAGCAUACAGCUCUGUGAAUGACUGUAAAGCAAAAGCAGGCAGCUCUUUAAAUGACUGUAAAGCUGAAGUGUACAGCCCUUUCAAUAUCUCUAUAAGCAAACAAACCUGGCCUUUGCAGGGCAUGUACCUGGGAUUUUGCUCGUUUGACAAUUUAUCAAUUAUUAAAGCUCACUGGUGGUCACAUUGUUUAUUUUGACUCCUGUUGUAGUCCCUUAACUGUGUUUUUACUCCAGCACAUUGUGAUGCAUCUAAUAUAUCAUUUAGUUUUCUUGCUUCCUUAUCUGUAAUGAUUCUAAAAGAAUGCAUGUAUUUGAUAUUGUAUACUGUUCAAUAAAUCUUAAGUGCAAGCAAAUA